UUACCAUUCCCCCCCUCCUCGCUCCGCCGUCGUGGGAGUUCAUCGACCAAGCAAUUCCCUCAGCGAGGUCGUCUCUGUCAAUAACUCCCUCAAGAAGGUUAUUGGCAUGCCAUCCCUAAAUCCCACAGAUUUCCAGUCCUAGGCGAUUCUUCGAAUCUAAUAGAGUUCAAGGCGGAAUCGCAGCGAGUUCUCGAGUUUUUAUGGCGAAACCAUGGUUAUUUCUCGGAAUCCUAUUGAGUUUAUGGAUAAUUGGUAGAUAUCUGCCAAAUUCGUGGAACCUCAAGUUGCAGAGAACAAAGCCAUGUUCGCUGUGGAGGGAGCCAACGUGGAACCCCCUCCUCCCCGGGUAUACCCCUCUCGCAGAGAGCGUCGGUCGAAAAACAAAAAAGCAUACAGAGAUCGGGCAGCAGGGCGUAAGCUACCUGGUGCUGCCCAGGCCGUCGCCCCAGCUGGCGCCCAGGCCAUCGCCCCAGCCGGCGCCCAGGCCAUCGCCCCACCCGUCGUCCAGGCCCCACCCGUCGCCCCUGCCGACGCCCAAGCCAUCGCCCCACCCGUCGCCCAGGCCAUUGCCCCACCCGUCGUCCAGGCCCCACCCGUUGCUGCUCCAGAGAUGGGUGGGUUCAUUCCAGAUGUCCCUCUGUUUGGCCCUCACCGCAGCAACUAUCCACCCGUUGCUGCUCCAGAGAUGGGUGGGUUCAUUCCAGAUGUCCCUCUGUUUGGCCCUCACCGCAGCAACUAGGGGUUUUAUCUGUCUAUAGUGAUCGUAUCUGAUUCACGAGGGUUGUUUAUAUGGGAUUGGAUCAGAUUUGGUUUAGCGGUCUAUGAGAUUGGAUCAUUUAAACUAGGGUUUCUCUUUAUCUGUCACUAGGGGGUUUCUGCUGGCUCAGGAUAAACCUUUGAAUUAGGCCUAUUAUCUUUCAUUGUACUGGAUUAUUAUUUAUGGUACUCAAGUUAUGGAAAAUCAGCUAUAGUUUGGGUAUCGUUCUGCCUUAGUGAUGUUAUAUCUGUGGCUACCU